AUGCCUCAGAGAUUCCUGAAGCAUUCUCCAAAUGUGCGUGUCAUCCUGGACUACACAGACAUUGCUCUAGAGGCCGCAUCAUCCCUCACUUUACAGUUCGAAACCUCCUCUGCCUACAAGAACUGCACCACUCUCAAAGGGCUGAUUGGAGUUGCCCCCAAUGGGUUGGUGACGUUUAUUUCACAGCUGUACACUGGCUGCCUCUCUGACAAAGACAUCACUAAAAUCAGUGGAAUCCUUCUGCUGCUGGAGCCAGGAGAUGAAGUAGUGGCAGAUAAGGGCUUCCUCAUUCAAGGCCUCCUUGAUGAAGUUGGAGCCAACCUCAAAAUGCCAACUUUUCGACAUCCAGAUCAGUUUAGAGAGAGCGAGACUGAGGAGACUCAAGCCAUUGCUCAUCUGAGGAUUAUUGUGGCACGAGCAUUAGCCAGAAUCAAGUGCUUCCACAUCUGGGAUUCUCCUGUGCCACUCACUUUGAUAACAUCCGUCAAUCAGAUCUGGCACAACUGUUGUGUUUUGGCCAAUUAUCGCGGCCCAUUUUGUAUUGAAGACUAA